AUGCCACCAAAGCCAUCAGCCAAAGGAGCCAAGAAAGCCGCCAAGACCCAAAAGCCAAAGGGUGAGAAGAAAAGACACGCCAAGAGAAAGGAGUCUUACUCUGUCUACAUCUACCGUGUUCUUAAACAAGUUCACCCAGACACCGGAGUUUCAUCGAAGGCCAUGUCAAUCAUGAACUCAUUCGUCAACGAUGUUUUCGAAAGAAUCGCCGCCGAAGCUUCCAAAUUGGCUCAUUACAACAAGCGAUCAACCAUCUCAUCCCGCGAAAUUCAAACUGCCGUUCGAUUGAUUCUCCCAGGAGAAUUGGCCAAACACGCAGUUUCCGAAGGAACCAAGGCUGUUACCAAAUACACUUCAUCCAAGUAA